AUGGCGAAGGUUCGUGGGGAUGAGGAUGAGGUUCGUGGGAAUGAGGAAGAACGUAUAUGUGUGGCAGCGGUAAAUAAACCGAAAAAUAACUCCCUACCAGCGGUCAUCGCAUUUGGAGACUCCUUUGCGGAUUCGGGAAACAAUAACUUCCGAGUAACGCUUGCAAAGGCUAACUUCUACCCCUAUGGAAAGGAUUUCAUGGGUGGGAAGCCAACAGGAAGAUUCACCAAUGGGAAGACACUUGCGGACACCAUUGCUGCGAAAUUAGGGGUGAUGGAUUAUCUUCCAGCAUAUUUGGACCCUUCUCUACAAAAUGAAGAUAUGAUUAGGGGCGUAUCAUUUGCUUCUGCUUCCUCUGGUUUUGAUCCCUUAACAGGGAGACUAUUGAACGUUUUCUCAAUACUGGAUCAAAUAGAGAUGUUCAAAGAAUACAUUGUGAAGCUCAAAGGGAUUGUUGGAGAAAAAGAAGCCAAUGAUACAAUAGAAGAAAGUCUGUAUUUAGUAUCGUGGAGUUCCAACGAUUGGGGUAUCAGUUACACUGCUCUUCCAAUAAGAGCAGUUCAAUACGACGUGCCCACUUAUGCUAGUUUUUUAGUAAAAAAGGCAACAGAGUUCAUACAGGAGCAAUAA